AUGCUCUGCGGACGACAUCGUCAGUUACCCGGAAACCUGUUAAAGCGAUUGCAAAAGUGUGCUGAAUGGGAGCCCCCAGAACCGUACAAUCGUCUUCUGCUGUUGUUGUCCCUUCCGGACCCGGCGGGAUCGGGGACUGAAACGAAACAGUCAUCAGGUUCAAACGACCCGGGAGAUCGCGCACUGUUCCAGACGAGUACACCAUCAAUGCCUGGUCUGUCGGCCCCGGCUUUAUUAGCCUGUCAAGCCAACACCCUGAUGGGUUGUAGUCCGCUAAUGAACUCCACUAGAGAACCACCUGAAGAAGGAAUUCCCGUUUGCGGUGUAGUUCAGUGUGCCGGUCACGCACUGGCCUCAAGCACUCCGUACGCGAGUGACGGAGUAGGAACCGGAGUCGGUGUGGGCGCGGGUGCAUUGGGUACGGACUUGCUCACCAGUCGCUUGAUCCAGCCUCAUCCUCAAGCUACACUUCGUGUGCCAGGCGAUUCGGCAUCCGAAGCUCGCGGUGUUGCUGGUGUUGGGAUUACGCUAAGUGACAAGGCCGAGCGUUCACUUCUCGACUGCAUCCCGGUUAGCAGCCGACUUUGCGCCGUACGUCUGGAUGUUUCAGUACGGAUCAACAGCUACAGAACUGUCGUGUAUAACACUCCUUGUCUACUGCAUAUCGCUGUAUUCAUAACAUUUCCCUUUUAUACGUUUUAG